AUGGAAUGCAAUAAUGUUGGAUCUGAAGGUCUUGUUGACUACACGAGUCAAUUUAUUUCUAAUGAGGUUUUCAAGAGCAAAGAAGAACUACUUGGUUGGGUACGGGACGUCGGAAGGGAAAAUGGGUUUGUGAUUGUCAUCAAGACAUCAGACUAUGGUGGUAGUCAUAAGACACCAAGGAUAUUUCUUGCCUGUGAGAGAAGUGGUCAAUACAGAGCUCAUAAGAAAUUAGAAGGAGAUGAUUCGAGCAAAAAAAUUGUGAAGAUAACGGGUACAAAGAAAUGCGGGUGUCUCUUUGAGUUAAGGGCUCGUAAGUUGAUGGCUGAUGAUGAUUGGAUGGUAGAUGUAGCAUGUGGAAUACAUAACCAUGCUCCUGCUAAACAUUUUGAAGGACAUUCAUUUGUAGGGAGAUUAUCUGAGGAGGAAACAUCAUUAUUAGUGGAUAUGUCCAAAAGCAUGGUCAGGCCGAAAGAGAUUUUGGUUACAUUGAAACGAAAGGAUGCUUUGAAUGUAACCACUAUGAAAACCAUUUACAAUGUACGUCAUAGGAAUAAUGUUAUUGAGAAAGCUGGGAGAUCACAAAUGCAACAUUUGUUGGGUGAGUUAGAAAAGCAUAAUUACAUUAAGUGGCAUAGGUGUGACAACAACACGAUGACUGUCACAGACUUGUUUUGGGCACAUCUUGUCAAUUUAGAUUUGCUCCGUUCAUUUCCAAAGGUGUUGACCAUGGAUUGCACAUAUAAGACAAAUCGAUAUCGUCUUCCUCUUCUUGAGAUAGUUGGAGUGACAUCCACUGAUAUGUCAUUCUCCAUAGCCUUUGCAAAUCUCCAAUUUGAGCGGAUUGAUAACUACGUUUGGGUGUUAACUACAUUGCGUAGUCUCUUGGAUGACAUUGCUAUUCCUGAGGUGAUUGUCACGGACAGGGAGCUUGCUUUGAUGCAUGCUAUUGACAGGGUAUUUUCUACAUCUCGACAUUUAUCAUGCAGAUGGCAUAUUGAUAGAAAUGUACUGUCGAAAUACAAGAAAAUGUUUAAGAGUAAGGAGGAAUGGGACAAGUUUGUCUCUUUAUGGAAUUUCUUAGUACUCUCCUCAACUGAGCUUGAAUACAAUGAACAUCUUGCUAGGCUACUUGCGGAUUUUGAUACAUAUCCUGAGGCAGUGCAAUAUGUGUUACAAAAUCAUGUCUUAGCGGAGAGUAAGCGAGCGAAUGAUGUUGGCAUUGAUGCUUCAGUAUGUGGAUGUCUUGUUCGACAAACACACGGGUUACCGUGUGCCCAUGAGAUUGCAGAUUACAUCCGGCAGGGUCGUCCAAUACCACUUGAUAGCAUUAACCCACACUGGAGGACUCUUGAGGUAGUACAGAAGUUGAAGAAUGAUAAAGUGGAAUUGAGGUGUGAACCAAAGUUUGAUCUGAUACUUAAGCGAUUCAAUGCAUCUGAUUACACUACGCAGUUGGAAAUUCUGCAUAAGUUAGGAGAGAUUGCAGAUCCGCAAAGUAGUUUUCUCAUUGAGCCGGAUGUGAAGCCCAACCCUCGAGGUAAGGGACAUAAGAAGAUAGAUGUAUCUACGCGUCGAGACCCAUGUGCAUUUGAGCUAGUUCAGUCUGGACAUGAUAGCCACUCACCUGUGGGCACCCAGAUCCCCACACAAGAUUCUGUCAAAGUACAUAAAAAACGGCCUGCCAAAGAGCAGGUAUAUCGGACACGUACAAGUACGACUUAUUCAUAUGUUGAUGCCCUUCCAGUUGAAUUGAAGCCUUACAUAUGUCUUAUCAAGGAUGUAGAUGCCGCUGGCAAUUGCGGGUUUAGGGCCAUUAUUAGCUUGAUGGGGCUUACAGAGGCUGAAUGGGGUAAAGUCAGGCGUGAUCUCCUACAGGAAUUGCACACACACGUAGACCAUUACACUUAUCUAUAUGGUUCACAUGACAGGAUUGAAGAGCUGACCCAUAUUCUAUCAUACUUUGAGCCUAAUCCAGGGUAUCACCUUUGGAUGACUAUGCCUGACAUGGGUCAUCUUAUUGCAUCUUGUUAUAAUGUGGUAUUGUACCACUUAUCUGCACAACAAUGCCUUACUUUCCUCCCCCUACGAUCGGUGCCAAUAUCACAACUUCAACGGCGUGAGAUUGUUAUUGGGUUUGUUAAUGGGAAUCAUUUUGUCCAGGUGUUCAUGUUACCGGGUCAUCCAGUUCCACCGAUAGCUACCAAUUGGUGCAAGUUUCAUCAUUCUUGUGCGGCUGGAUGGGAUACUACAUAUAGUCGCUGA